AUGCGCUUCUUUGUCGUUCCCGCGAGACUCGCGACGCUGACUCUACUCUUGACCUUGAUCCCAAUCGCCACCGCAUCCCCAGUAGCGGUGGAAGAACUGGAACAAAAUGCGCUUGAAAAACGAUGCGCAAAGACUUGCGGCUGGAGCAACCAGCUGUGCUGCUCAGCAUCCCAGAGUUGCGGUACUAAUGAUGCCGACGAAGCGAUCUGUGUAGACAGCACCAGCGGCACAUGGGAGUAUUAUACAACCACCAUUGUUGUGACAGAGGUCGACAAGUCCACCAUUACUUCUGUAUGGAGCACCCAGGUUACGAGCGUCGCAGCGACAUCUACAGGAACGUGUAGGGUUGACCUCGGCGAAACAUCGUGUGGAACGACGUGUUGUGACGCCGCAGAAGAGUGCCAGGAUGGCGAGUGUGUGGCUGAGAGCUCCUCUGCCGCGGUGACUGGCGAGGCGACGGGUACGGCUUCUGCAGGAGUGCGAGGAACUAGCAGUGGCGCCAGCACAGUGACUGAGACCGCUGCUGCCACCACCACCGAAGCCUUUAUCGCACCCGUGGGAACAGAUGGUGCAGACUUGAUCGGAGUCAAGGCCACCAGCAGCGGAGGUCUGAGCGGCGGUGCAAUCGCAGGAAUUGUCAUCGGCACAAUCGCGGGCAUCAUCUUGCUAUUGCUCAUCUGUGGCUGUAUCUGCUUCAAGGGGGCCCUGGAUGCCCUCCUCGCAGCUCUGGGUCUCCGCAGCCGUCGCAGAAAGGAGACAACUUAUGUUGAAGAGCGCAUUUCGACCCACUCCUCAGGCCGUCGCCCCCGUCCUUCAGGUGGCCGAACAUGGUUCGGCGCCAAGCCAUCUAGACCAGCUGCGACAGACAGUGAACUCAGCGAAAAGAAAUCAAAGUGGAGCGGCUGGGGAACGGCUGCAAUCAUCUUGGGAGCAUUGGCUCUCUGCCUGGGAUUGAAGCGGCACAGAGACCGAGAACACGAGGACGACAGAACCGACUACACCUACCCAAGUUCCUAUUACUAUUCAGACUACACACAGAGUAAGUUCACGCAGUCAUUUUCAAGUAUCAUGAAUGAGCAGGAUGAGGAUUAA